UAAUCAGUGUUAGAACCAUUAAAGAAGAAACCGCAUUUUCCAUAUUUAAUUUCUAGGUUAAAAAAGGAAAAAUGAAUGGACGCAAAAGUACACGGACCCAUAAUAAAUGCUGCUGUCUAAGUAGGCAGUUCACUAGGUAUUGAGCCACAGCCAGAGUUCUCUUUUGUUAUUGGCUAUGUUCUCCUCAUGCUAUGCUAAUUCCGGUAUACGUGCUUAACGGAGGAUUAACAAACCUGUUACAGCCAACCCACCCCUCAAAAUAGAUGUCUUCCUGUAAUAGGUAUUGAACUGAAGGUUUAUGUGCGCUGAUGAGUGAUUGUUAGGAAGAUGUUAUUAUUAGCCGGCUAUUCCCGAGAACUAUUGUGUACUGGCUAGUUAACAACAGUUAGCCUGUUAGCAUUAGUGUAAAAAUGAUGGAGGAUACAGACACAGGGUGGACGUUAAACUAAAACACUGGAUUCAAUCACGACUUGGAUGUUUUCAUGUGAUUACAAUGACAGACUAGACUCGUUGUAGAGAUGAAACCUCUAAAGCAUACUUUUACUUUGAGAUGAACAGGUAAACUCUCAAGUAAACAGAGGUGGAGAUGGCUCACUCAUCAGGCGGAUCUCAGGAGGGACAGACUGACACCAAAACACACACACACACCCAAACAGAAAAAAUGGACAGUUCUCUUGGUGACAGUCCUGAAAAUCACUGUUCUAAUCAUGGACAGAGGAGGCCAAGUGACUGUUCAGAGAUACUUCCUGAGGAAUAUAUUUCAAAUUACAAAUAUGAUGCUUCCUGGUACCAGGGCCCGUUCACCAAAUCCCUCCAGAGGGCAGAGGCUCUGUUUCGUAACCGUUUUAACCCUAGUCUGAAGUGGCUCAUGGGGCAGAAGGACAAAGAUGGCAGCUGGGACUCUGAGAAUGAGAGCAUCGCUUCCUUUUCCUCCAGAAAUAUGGAAUGCCUUGGGAAAACUUUACAGAGUUUCAGCUCUCAAUGCCACAUGCUCCGUGAUCCUGCACCAGGAGGCAGGCUGUUUGGCUGUAUCAUGGGUCUUUCUUCCUCUGAGGAAGAUGAUUUUCACCACCAACCUCAGGCUGCAGCCUUCAGCCAGCAUUACUGUCAGCUACAACACCUGAUGGACCACAGAGGUCAGCUGCUCUUCCUCCAUGAGUACAGCCGUCGCACACAUGUGGCCACCUGCUUUGUGGUGCAACUGGACUCAGUGUUGGAGAAGACGCAUCUCCUUUUGGCUGACAGGGGGCAAGUAGCUGAGCAGCCCAACUCUACAUGGAACCUCAGCCUUAGUGCUUUGUGCCAAGAAAUGCAGGUUCAUGUCAACCACUGGGAUCUACUCUGGGCCAAAGCUCGAGCUGACUUCCAUCUUCGCCGUGUUCUUUUCAGGCGUGUGAAGACCCUUGCUUCCAUGCAGCGAACUUUACACUUGCUGGGCUUCCAGGCCUUGUGGUUGAUGGAGCAGUGCAUCCACACUGCACUUUCUGCUUUGGCUGCUGCCCAGCUGGACUGUGUGCCCAGAGAUGCCUUAGUGGACCUGCUGUGUGCGGUUGAGCUGUACAACCAGAUCGCAGAAGACAAGUGGAUCCAGGGUACAACAUCUGCCUGUGACUCACAGCUCAUGUUCAGCUCAUACUGGCCCCAGCUGGGAUCUGUUUUGCUUAAAAACAUAACUGGUCCUAAAACAUUCCCAGUUGAGCAGUUGAUGAUGAUUCUGGCCCAGAGUCAAGCUCAGAAAUCAGCUGAACAACUUUACACAUGGUCUUCCCAGCAGAGUUACCUCCUCCAUAUGGCUAAAAACCCCAACAAACUUAAGAGUCUCUUUGCACACCCUAAUCUCAAUAGUCAGCUUUCAUCAUCACCCACAAUAAACAUACAUACAGUACAACUUGAACCUCAAUCUACUGUUAAUGAGGUGCCCCAAAAGCCCCUUCACAGCCUCUGGUCCUCGAAUCUUCCAUUCUCUUCGUUUAUCUCGAGAGACAGAGAGUGUCUCAAUACCUUCUUUGAAGUCUUAGUGACCUCAACAAAUCUCUUAGCUCCACUUAUUCCCAGAAAACCUCUGUUAAACAGAAUAGCUGAUUUGGAGGAUUCUGUGGUGAUUUGUCGUGGGGCCAGUGAAGGAGAAGAGAGACUGCUAAACAGACCCAGAAUGACCUCCAGGAACUACAACGUGGCCGCGAUGGAUCUCAGGAAGUCUGAUGCAUACAUGAAGCUUUUCUCUUAUUAUAAGAAGCUGCUGUGGGGGGAAUUUGGUAAAGCAGUUGUAAGUCACUUUUAUUAUCAGCCAUGCAACAGCACUCUGGGAAGUAUCAACCAGUGGAAUGAUGAAAUGGUGCUUCAUUUGGUCACAUGGCUCAAACAUUCAUAUAUUGAAGACCUCAUUCCACAAGAAUGUAAAGGAAAUUUGAGCAAUUUCUGCUCUUAUAUGUUAUCUGCUGCUGCCUUCACACAGUGGGAUGAAAUGAUGUGUUUGUCGCUGGGCUCAGGGCUAAAAGAGAAGUGUGUCCCUGGAUUUAAACAGGAAAGAUGUUCAGUGAGGACAGCCACAACGGAUCUCAUCCUCCUGCUCUUCCCACCUCUGCAUAUUGUUCUUCAGCUACUGCAAUGCCCAGACGUAGAGUCAGUUGACAGUGGAUCCAAGAGCCUUAAGAAAAAUCAUCUGGGAUUGCUGUGUAGGUCUGUUGCAACUGUCCAGUCCUGUACUGUUUGGGUUAUGAGUAAAGCCUACCAGUUUCUGGCGUCCUGGUCCCUUACUAAGUUCCUGCUGGUCACACAAGGAGAUCUUAAGGAUCUCAAGGACUCAGUGGAGGGCCUGGUCUACCUCACUCAAGCUGCUGGCAGAGAUUCAGUUCACCCUCUCAUAAUUCAGCAGACAGCCUCACUCUCUAAGGCACUUACAGAUCUGCAAGCUUUCUCUGAUCUUGUCCUGAGGACCUUUUCUAUAGACUGUAAGAAAAUGUCUGUGGAGAUCUUUGAGCAAACCAUGCCGUCAGGAAAGCAUUGGAGGAUCAAUCACAAAACCGAGCUGCCCAGCAGUCCUAGUGAUUAUGCAGCCUCUGCAGCUCAGAUUGUGAUUGGUCAGGUGCUGGAGGGUGUUCAGCCUCUGCCUGAUGAUGCUCGUAUUUCUGCUCUCACUGAGGCUAUGACGGCUUUCAUGGAGGCCUGGAUGGAGCACAUCCUCAAACAGAAGAUCAAGUUUAGUAUUCAGGGAGCUCUGCAGCUGAAGCAUGACUUCGACUUGAUUCGAGAUCUCAUUCGUUCAGAGGAAUACAGCCUCUCAGAGGAGCUGCACCAGAAGCUGCUGUCACUACAUGUUUUUCAUCAGGUGGAUAAUGCAAUCGUGUGCCUACUUCAGCAGCCCAUGGCAAAACCUUACCUGCCCUCUCGCAGCUGGGAGCCCUUCAGACACUGCUGUCCAAGCAGUGCACAGGUCAUGGAUCAGGCAGCGGGGAGUCUUAAUAAUCUGGAGAGUAUGGACAUACAGGCAGCGUUCCAGCAGGCCCUGACACACGCUGAGAGCUCAGUGACCCCUGAGCUGCUGUCCUCCUCCCCACCUGAGUCCUACUUGGCCGUGGCUCAGCAGGAAUGGCUGGACCUGCGGAUACACAGCAGCUCACGCUGGAAACUCCCAGUGCUGCAUUGUUUCACUAAAUCUGAAUCUUAGUCAAGUGACCAGAGCAGUUAUGUCUGUUUACUGGCCCAUUUACAGAUCAAUUAUUCAUUCAGAUAUGAUAUGUUGUUGAAUUUGUUACAAGGAUGUAAUCUAAUGGCCAACAAAACAGUUCAGGAUUCUUGCCAGAGAGCAGUAAGUUGAGGCACGUGUGUAGCAUUUGUAUUUUCUGUGAAAAACUGUUUAUCGUCAGAUAAACAAUGUCACUGUUGAUGCCUUUCUGAAUAAACUGAAAAUAGUAAAAUUAUUCAUGUAUAUUUAUCUAUUUUUCAAAUAAUUUUCUUCAUUGCCAAAGUAAUUCUGGUGUUUUAUAGAGACUUUAACUACAGAUGUAUUUAUUUACUAUUAUACUAAAUGC